AUGCGCGCUGUCAACCACGACAACAAGGUGGCCCUGCUGGCCUGGGCCAAGGCAACUGGCAUCACCCUGGUGCAGAUCAAUGGUCAGCGGCGCUACGGGGGCCCCCCGCCAGGCUGGGUGGGCAGCCCGCCGUGCGCCGGCUCCGAGGUGUUCAUCGGGAGGCUGCCGCAGGACAUGUACGAGCACGAGCUGAUCCCCCUCUUCCAGAGCGUGGGCACGCUCUACGAGUUCCGCCUGAUGAUGACCUUCAGCGGCCUCAACCGCGGCUUCGCCUACGCCCGCUACAGCUCGCGGCACGGCGCCAGCCAGGCCAUCGCCGCCCUGCACAACCGCGAGGUGCGCCGGGGCUGCGCCAUCCUGGUGUGCCGCAGCACCGAGAAGUGCCAGCUCAGCCUCGACGGCCUGGCCCCCGCGCUGCGGCACCCCCAGCUGGAGGCGUCGCUGCGCGGCCUCACCCAGGGCUUGCUGGACGUCGCCCUCUACCCCAGCCCCUACCAGCAGCGCUGCCAGCUGGCGCUGCUCCGCUACAGCUCGCACCACGCCGCCGCCAUGGCCAAGAAGACCCUCGUGGAAGGGAAUUGGAGGCUGGUGGGCACGGAGGAGAAGGUGAAGGUGGACUGGCUGAAGAGUGACCUGAAGCAGAAGCUGCUGUUGUGUGAGCAGAGCCCAGCAGCCAGGCAGGAGCAGGAGGCCAAGUGCCCAGCGGUGUCCCGGUCUCUGGUGCCCUCUGAUGCCCUGGCCCAGCUGAACACCUUGUGCCAGAGGCGGCGCCUGGGCACCCCUGUGUUCUUCACCAAGCGUGUGCAGGCCACCCCCAGCGGGUGGCUGCGGUUCUGGUGCCAGGCAGCCAUCCCAGGCUGCCCCUUGUCCUUCAGUGGCUUCGUGCGGGUGUGGCAGGACAGGCCUGGCACCAGCGGGCACGAGCAGGCCAAGGCCGCUGUGGCACUGCACCUUCUCCAGACGCUGGGUGAGUCCUCCCUGGGGGUUGGUGCCAGCCCCCCUGCCCCUCCCGGGCUCUGGGAGUGGGAGGGGCGCCGGCUGAUGUAG